UAAAGUUGUCCACUUCAGCUACUCCCAACCCCUAAGCAGACUUUGUCAUCCAAAACUAUCAGACCUUUUAAGAAAACACUGCAAAGAAUUAAGUAACCUUUGUUCAGUGGAGAGCGUUUGGAGUGUACCCCCUCCCUGGCGCGCGCUGCAUCUUGUUCCAGCAGUAGUUAUUUUGCUCAUGCCCCCCUCCGCACGAGACGACAGAAGUGUUUAUCUUUGUUAGAUUUUUGGAGGUCUCUUAUCUCCGCAGUAAUCUGGUUGGAUAUUUUUUAUAUUUUCUCUUUUUAAAAGAGAGGACUUGAAUGCAUUUUAGUCAUCAGGGAAACACUCAUCAAAUCUGGACGCGUUUUCUCAGUUUAAACGUCAGCCUUAUUGUGCCUCGUCAUUUAUUAAAAGCAGUAUGUCAUCUAUACCGGGAGCAGUACCGAGAAUGAUGCGACCGGCUCCAGGACAGAACUAUCCUCGCACUGGAUUCCCCCUGGAAGUUUCAACUCCUCUGGGUCAAGGUCGGGUGAAUCAGCUUGGCGGAGUUUUCAUCAACGGCAGGCCUUUGCCAAAUCAUAUCCGCCACAAAAUAGUUGAGAUGGCUCACCACGGCAUCCGUCCCUGUGUGAUCUCCCGACAACUUCGCGUUUCCCACGGCUGCGUGUCCAAAAUCCUUUGCCGGUAUCAAGAAACUGGCUCAAUCCGCCCAGGAGCAAUAGGGGGAAGUAAACCCAGACAAGUGGCAACACCUGACGUGGAAAAGCGAAUCGAAGAAUAUAAGCGCGAAAAUCCCGGAAUGUUCAGUUGGGAGAUUCGGGACAAACUUUUGAAGGACGGUCUCUGUGACAGAAGUACAGUUCCCUCAGGUGAGGCCUCAUCUGUAAGUUCUAUUAGCCGCGUUCUGCGCGCGCGGUUCGGCAAGAAAGACGAUGAUGACGAUUUCGACAAAAAAGAUGAAAGUGGGGAGAAAAAAACUAAGCACAGCAUUGACGGUAUACUGGGAGAUAAAGGUCGAAUGGAUGAAGGCUCGGAUAUAGAGUCAGAACCAGAUCUGCCCCUGAAAAGGAAGCAGAGACGAAGUCGGACGACUUUUACAGCCGAGCAGCUAGAAGAGCUGGAAAAGGCUUUCGAGAGGACACAUUACCCGGACAUUUACACCAGAGAGGAACUAGCCCAGAGAACCAAACUCACCGAGGCCAGAGUGCAGGUUUGGUUCAGCAAUCGACGAGCCAGGUGGCGUAAACAAGCAGGAGCGAAUCAACUGGCAGCGUUUAACCACUUGUUGCCAGGAGGAUUCCCUCCCACGGGCAUGCCAACUUUACAAUCAUACCAGCUUCCAGAGUCCACCUACCCAUCAACAACAUUACCGCAAGAUGUUAGCGGCACAUUGCAUCGUCCACAGCCCUUGCCCCCCUCCACCAUGCAUCAGGGCGGGCUCACCAGCGACAGCAGCUCCGCCUACGGCCUCUCGUCCAACCGGCACGGUUUCUCUAGCUACACCGAUUCCUUCAUGAGCCAAUCAGCAUCCAGCAAUCACAUGAACCAAGUGAGCAAUGGGCUAUCUCCACAGGUGAUGAGCAUCCUCAGCAACCCAAGUGCCGUGGCCCCCCAACACCAGCAUGAGUUCUCCAUCUCCCCCCUGCACGGCAGCCUGGAGGCCUCCAACCCCAUCUCGGCAAGCUGCAGCCAGCGCAGCGAUCCGAUCAAGUCUGCCGACAGCCUCUCCUCCUCCCAGUCCUACUGCCACCCAACGUACAGCACCACCAGCUACAGCGUGGACCCCGUCACUGCGGGCUACCAAUACAGUCAAUACGGCCAGACUGCGGUGGAUUAUCUGGCAAAAAAUGUGAGCUUGUCCACGCAGAGAAGGAUGAAGCUGGGGGAGCACUCGGCUGUGCUCGGACUGCUACAGGUGGAGACGGGACAGGCAUAUUGAUGAAUCUGGACAUCCAUUGAUUUCACCAGCAUCCCGCCAUUUUCCGCACUGCCCACGUGAGGCCGAUUUGACGGGCAUAGGCAUAAUAUACUAUGUCUGCGUGAAUACAAAAGACGGACGCUAAUGUGCCGCAUCUGCUUAUACGCCCUGUUUUCGCUCUCUUUCACAACAAAGAGACCCUUUGAGGGCCCUUUGAGGACAACGCCAAGGGAAAGAGCCGUGACCGUCUUCAUCCAAUCUUUGCAAACAUAAGCAACAGUUACAUAGCCACUUGCCCAUUCCAAACUGUUUGGACCAUGUUGUUUAUAAGACUCAAAAUGAUGGUAUUAUAUUUGUUAUUAUAAUGUGGUUGUUUCUUUUGCAGUUACAUUUACUAUUGUAAUUACUCUUUGUUUACAUGUUUCAUUUCAAUUUUGCUUAGUUCAUGUUUUAAUUUUAAUUACAAGGCCUUGCUUUGUAACAUUACACUUCUGAUGGAGAUGCCCAGAGACACAGUGCUCAUAAUUUGUUCAUCAUAAUCCUAAACCUCACAUUCCGAAAGACUUGUGUCACUGGGGCAGGCGGAUAAAAUGAUCUAAGUUUUCCGAAAAAGAUACAUUAUCCUGAAGUAUGAUGACCAAAUCGCAAUCAUUCACAUUCUUGUAAUUUUGAAAUGAAAACGUACAUAUGCACACAGACAAAUUAUUCUCUGUGGCCACAAUAUAAUUGCCAUUCAUCUCUAUAAUGAAAUUAAAACGUCAAGAGCCCCAACAGGCAAAUUACAUUUUUAGCCUGUAAUGGAAUUCUAGGGAUUUCCAGUAUGCUUUUGUGCCAUUAUAGCAAGUGUAGAAUUGAAAAACUUCAACAAACAUUCGAAUAUCAGCCACCGAAAAGCUAUCACAAACACAAAACACAAACUUUUUUAAAGUAUAAAUUGGUAGCACGUUUUGUGUAUAAGGAAUUUAAUUUGUCACUGUAAAAUAAGAAAGUGAAUUCAAAUGUAAAAUGAGAAUCGUGUGUUUUAGGACCAGCAGUUUGUAAUGACCAUGGAAUCGUGGGACUCAAUUUAUUAAGGUAUUCCCCAUUGCCGUAUUACAUUUCAAAGAGUUUGAUAUUCCCUAAUGUUGUCUUAAAGAAGAUUUAUUUGUGGCACCUUUAUCAAAUUUGUGUGAGACCAUAAAAAAUGUAAAGUUAUUCAAAAAUGUAAAAUUGAGGGAUGUAGAUGAAUACACAGAAUGAGCACAUUCAUUCUCUUCUUGUUUAUUGUUUGCCACCCUGUCUCCUUUAUCUCCUCUAUUGUUCUUAACCAUUUCUGUGACCAAGAUGAACUGAGAUUAAACUGUGAUUGAACCAAAUGCUCUAUCGACACUGGAUAUGCCCCGUGAUGCCAUAUACAUUAAGGACAAUUUCUAAAACGAAACGCAUCCCUGUGCCAACUAAAGACUGAGGACAUCUCCAUUUUAACACUUCCGACAUUUUGUAGUGGGUAAAAAGACAAUGUAAAAAAAUGUAUAAAAAAUGUAAAAGAGUAUGUUUUUAGUGUUUAGCACUCAUUUCUAAUAAUCUACCUUUGGGAUAUUUAAAGCACUAUCUGACGGGUUAAAACACCUUUUCCAAAUAUCUUGCCAACCUCAGUUGCUCUUUAUUCUUUCAUUGUUUACCUUUUUUGCAUAUGUAAUUUCCUUUGAUAUAUUUUCGUUCAGCAUGUGUGUAUAUUAUCAUGGCAUAAUUUAUUCAACUCUAUGAACUACUAGCGUAGUGGGAACUUGUAUUUGGCAUUUACUACCUUCAGCCUG